UCCCUUGAAGUUCCCUUAGUUCAAUCACUUCAUUUUACAAAUGUGCUUAGCACAGCAUAAGUAGGUGCUUAAUAAAUGUUUGACAAAUGAGGAAACUGAGGAAAUAGCUCUGGGGCCCAAUUGGAGGUCAUCUCAUUCAAUUCCUCCAUUUUACAGAUGAAGAUAGUGAGGCCAGGGGAAGGGAUUGACUUUCCCAAGGUCACCCAGCUCGUAACUCCAAGUUGGGAUUCCAGUUUAGGUCCCCUGACUGUAAAUCUCCAGGCUGAACCGCCCUCUGCCAGGCUGAUCAGCACCAUCCAGGGCACCCUUUCAGCCGGUGCCAAGGCAGAGGCGGGCCUCAGAGAGCCAGAAGGAAUUUUCUCAGGGUAUCCCGGCUCCCCACACCCCCAAGAGGACAAGGAACUGGUGGCAAGCCAAGCGUGGGGACUGGGGGGUGGGGGGUUAGGCCCUCAAAGGCCCUUUUCAUCCCCUGUCCCUUAGCAGGGCAGCUUUGUAACCAAGGCUGCCGCUGCUGCUGCUGCUGCUGAGUCAGAUACUGUGAGCUUCUGCCCCUGACGUCAUCCGAGCUUGCUCCGUCCACCAGCCUCUCCCCAGCCGCCAGGAAAUUGGACUGGGGGGGAUGGGAGUAGCAGCUGCACUAAAUCUCAAAGUAAGGCCCAGCUUCCUGAUAACUUCACCCGUGAUAUUUCGCCUUCAAAUGUUCUGAGUUCCUCAUUCCACUGGAUGUGCUACGAGGCAGUCUUGAUGCACCACUGGUGUCUACUCUUGACAAAUAGUUAAACCAAGACUCUGUAGCUGAUAUGCAAUGUCACUUACAACAUUAAUCAGAUACUGCAUUUAAGAUUUUCAGCCCUGGUAGCCAUAGGUUGAUUUUCAGCAAAUGUGACAAGUGGCCUUUGCAGUGGUCAGCUCCAGGCUUUCCAACUCUCAGAGGAACGAGGGGAAAAAAAUCCAACAAACCCACCUCCUUGGUUGCAGCUUCGGAGAAAUCUUGGAUGAAGACAUCCCCCCACCCAUCCUGUUUCCCUAUUGAUAAAUUCAGUUCUCGUGAUCACAGUACAUUCAAGCUGUUCUCCGUAUGAUUUUUGACAACUGCAUCUAAAAAUUGGGAGCCAGAAGACGAGGACUUCAGUUGGUCUCCAUCGCUUUAGAUAAAGAUGGCAGAGUGUGCUGCCAUGCUGGCACGGCAUUGAGGGAGGUUGGAAUUGCAGAUCACUAUAUCCCCAGCUGUGACACUGAGAUGUUUUUAUAAGAUUUCUUUGUGAGACGCCAUUGCAAAGUGAAAAGAGAGCUGGCCUCAGACUCAGAAAGACCUCGGUUCAAGUGCUGCCUCUAACACAACGUUGGCUGUAUCACCCUAAGCAAGUCAUUUAACUUCUCAGUACCCCAGAUGACAGUCAUGUCCCACUCAAAGGACCUCAAAGAUGACUUUCACAGCGACACAGUGCUCUCCAUCUUAAACGAACAGCGAAUUCGGGGAAUUUUAUGUGAUGUCACUAUCAUUGUAGAGGAUACCAAAUUUAAAGCCCACAGCAACGUCCUGGCAGCUUCCAGCCUUUAUUUCAAAAAUAUAUUUUGGAGUCGUACGAUCUGCAUUUCCAGUCAUGUUCUGGAGUUAGAUGACCUCAAGGCUGAAGUGUUUACAGAGAUACUUAAUUAUAUCUACAGUUCCACGGUUGUUGUGAAGAGACAAGAAACAGUGACUGAUCUUGCAGCUGCAGGAAAAAAGCUGGGGAUAUCAUUUCUGGAAGAUCUUACAGAUAGCAAUUUCUCAAACUCUCCAGGUCCCUAUGUAUUUUGUAUAACGGAGAAGGGCGUGGUUAAAGAAGAAAAAAAUGAAAAACGAUCUGAAGAACCGGCUAUUGCCAAUGGACCAAGGAUCACAAAUGCAUUUUCCAUUUUUGAAACUGAAAAUAAUAACAGCAUGUUUUCUCCCCUGGACUUGAGGGCAAGUUUCAAAAAGGUCUCAGAUUCAAUGAGAACAUCCAGCUUUGGCCUAGAAAGGAAUGAUGUCUGCAAUGAGGCUGAACCGGUCAGGACACUAGCUGAACAUUCCUACGCUGUUCCAUCAGCGGCUGAUGCUUUUCAAGGACGUCCUUCGUAUGAGUCUGCUGCCAGCCCACCUUAUGUAACGAGGGAAGAAAAUUGUGAUGAGGGGCCAGCAAAGACACAAACAUGCAGGACCCCAAAGACACCCCCGAGACCCCAAGGUUCCAGUUCAGUGGUGGCAAAAAUACCACCCCCUAAAGGAACCAGCACAGAGGUUCAUCAAGAAAAAACCCCGGAUCCAGCCAUUACUUCUGUUUCAGAAUCUCACAAGAGUCAAGAAGACAACCAUUUUCCCAAGGAAGAUGCAAACCUACCUGCUAACAUUCCUGAAUCCACACCCCCAGCCCUUCUUCCACCUCCUCCUCCUCCUCUCCCUCCUCCUCCUUCUCUCCCUCCUCCUCCUUCUCCUCUUUACGACUGCACUUUUUGCUCCAAAUCAUUUGAAAAUCGAGCUUUGCUGGAGUCUCAUCUGCAGCUCCACACAAAGCCUCAGGAAGCUUUUGUGUGCAAAUACUGCGACAAGCAAUUUACCACCUCCAACCGGCUGGACAAGCACGAGAGGGCCUGCAUGAACUCAGACCGUCCCCCUCUUCCUGGUGGAAACCAACCAAGCUUUUCCUCUCCAGAUGGAAAAACUGAAAGUUCCUACAAAAGCCCUGAAAUGCAUUCAUCUGAGAAUAAGGUGGGUGAACAUUCCGGUACAGGCCGGACCUUGCCAGAAGUGGAACAUACGGUGAAGGUGGUGGACGGGCAGAUACUCUAUACGUGUGUCGUGUGCAAGCGUAGUUAUGUCACUCUGUCUAGUCUCCGGAGACAUGCCAAUGUCCACUCGUGGAGGAGAACCUACCCUUGUCACUACUGCAGCAAAGUGUUUGCUUUGGCAGAAUAUAGGACCAGGCAUGAAAUUUGGCACACUGGAGAGAGGCGGUAUCAGUGCAUCUUCUGCCUGGAGACUUUCAUGACGUACUAUAUCCUUAAAAACCACCAGAAAUCCUUCCAUGCAAUUGACCAUCGGCUUCCCGUGAAUAAGAAGACAGCCAACGGAGGCCUGAAGCCCAGUAUUUAUCCUUACAAGCUUUAUAGACUGCUACCUAUGAAAUGCAAAAGGGCUCCCUAUAAGAGCUACAAAAAUUCUUCCUAUGAAAAUUCACAAGAAAGCAGCCAACCUCCUGAGGCUGCUCCUAGUUCCUGCAUUAUUAAGAAUCCAAGAAGCUCUGAAUUGCCUACUAUAACUUUCCAAAACAAUGUGAAUCUGCUGUCAAAUAGCCCGGCCACUUCACCCAAUGUCCCUUCCGGUAAAGAAGCCCACCAAGCCACAGAUCCUCAAAAUGGGGCUUUAUGGGGAGGAGGAACAGGAGGAGCAGGAGAGCUGCUGAGCCCUGUUAAAAAUAACUUCAGUCCUGCCGAGAAGCCAGUUCCCUCAGGGGGAAAAAGUCUCACUUCUGGCUCACAGGGAGGAGGUGACGUGACAGUUCCAUCCUACAGUAACGUCAGUGAAAAUGCCACAUCGGUCAUCAGCUACAGCAGCUCAGCCCCAUCUGUCAUCGUUCACAGCAGCCGGGUUUCCUCAGUGAUAAUGCACAGUAAUGCAGUCACUGGCAUGACAAGCAGUAACGCCAUCUCUUCCAACACUGCUAUUGACCUGUCCCCAAGAGAUGACAGUAAGCAUGCUGAGAACCUUGGCAAAAUCCCCAGCAAAGUCAAAAGCAUUAAGGAGAAGAAAAAAGUCGUGCCCUACACCAGGGCAGAAACAUUUGAGGAGGCUAAGUACCCCACCAGUUCUGGAGGCUCUUUGAGCAAAACCACUAGCGUUAUGGAGGAAACCAGCAAAACUGAAACAUAUAUUGCAAAACCCGCCUUGCCUGGAACAUCGACCAACAGUAAUGUUGCACCUCUCUGCCAGAUAACAGUAAAAAUUGGGAAUGAAGCUAUUGUGAAAAGACACAUUCUAGGGUCCAAACUAUUUUACAAAAGGGGGAGAAGAUCCAAACAUGAGGCUCAGGAAGACAGUUUGCUUCAAGAAAGCGAUACAGAACAAAAAGAGAGCAGCCCAUCCAGGCUGAGCCGAUCUGAAUGCGUGGAAAUGAGUGAGAUGUUUGAUGAAGGGAGCGACCAGGAUUCCACAGACAAGCCAUGGCGCCCAUACUACAAUUACAAACCCAAGAAGAAAUCCAAACAGUUAAAGAAAAUGAAGAAAGUCAAGUGGAAGAAAAGGCAUGGCAGGAGGAGCCCAAGCAGUGAACACACCAACUUAAGUGACAUAGACUCUGCUGUGAAAAAGAGCCCUAAGGAAAAGGUCAUUGACGGUGAAGAAAACAAAGAGAUGCCCAGCCUUCACUGUGAGCUUUGUAUUGGGGAUAAAGCAUCUGCCGGACACCAAGGGCAGACCCACUGGCAUCACACCACUUCCAAGUCUCAUGCUUGUGAACUAUGCCAAAAGCAAUUUCAGAGCCCCUCCAACCUCAAAAUGCACAUGAGAUGUCACACUGGAGAGAAGCCUUACUCUUGUAAAACAUGCGGAAGGUGUUUUUCGGUUCAAGGGAACUUACAGAAACACGAACGCAUUCAUCUUGGGGUCAAAGAAUUCGUCUGUCAGUAUUGUAACAAGGCAUUCACUUUAAACGAAACCCUCAAAAUCCACGAAAGAAUUCACACAGGUGAAAAACGUUAUCGUUGUCAGUUCUGUUUGCAGAGCUUUCUGUAUCUGUCCACCAAAAGGAAUCAUGAGCAGAAGCACAUCCAUGAGCAUAAUGGAAAGGGUUAUGCUUGUUUUCAGUGCCCCAAAAUUUGCAAAACAGCAGCUGCCCUGGGGAUGCACCAAAAGAAACAUUUAUUCAAAAGCCCCAGUCAGCCAGAGAAAAAAGAAGGUGGGGACGAAAUCCCUAAACCCUUUGAGAAUCAGCACUUCACUGACUCAGGUGGAAACAAGAUGAAGGAAUCCCUACAUACUAUGUCUGAAGAUGGUCUCCUUUGAUUGACAGUGGUGGGACCCCCGCUAGGACAAUGAUUUCUUUUCUUUUUAGAUAACAGACAGAAAUGGGUGAAGUAUGGAGGAAAUUCAAAUUUGUGUAAGUUCCUGAAACAUGGUACUUUUUCUUCCUAUUCAUAGGUUUCAGCAUUAACUUUAAAAGUGAAAUGCACCAGAACAUAAAAACUGAGGCUUCAUUAUUCCCCAAGCAUCAUGGGAGGGUAAAUGAGAUUCCUAGCUACAAUAUUUCUGCCAGUGGGUACUUAGUAAUUUAAAGAGGAAAAAAAUCAGCCCAACGCUCUUUCUGUUGAGUGUUGUUAGGGAAUGACAAACUGGCCAUGAAAUACUGAACUUGAAUCACUUGGAAGAAAAUAAGAGUUCACAUGCCAUGAGAAAGGCAACUUUACCAGUGUGUUUAAAAAGGUGAAUGAAAUAUGUCAUCAAUGCUUUCCUUCCCGCCCCCCGGUUGGGGGAAAAUUAAGAAAUGAGUAACCUAAAGGAAAGCAUUUGUAUGUCUUCUUUUCUUGUAAAACAAACCUUGUAAAAAAAAAAAAAAGAAAACAUGAACCCCAUAGUUUUACACUGUUGAUGUUCAGUUAGAAAAUGAAAGUGAUGGAGGGAAAAGUCUACAAAUGAGAAUUUGGGGGAAAUUGAUAAAGGGUAUUUUCAUUAUGGCCAAACACCUAACUUAAGAACACAGUGUGUGCUACUGGAUGACAUUGUUCUCUUGAAGUUAUGGCUGAUGAACUAUGGGGAUCUUGACAUCAGUGGUCUACUUGGUAUCCCCCAAAACAUGUUUUACCACACUACUAAAUAUACCAGCAAUUACUUAAACUGUAUAUUGCUUCAAAAUAGCAUCAAAACAUCUCAUCUCACCUCUGAGAUGAAGAAAGGUCAAAUUUGGCUGAAAAUAUCCACAGUCUUCCAGGCACCAUUCAAAUCUCAGAAGGCUACCAUUUCAAGGCAGACCCAUCCAAUCUCAAGUGCAAAUGAAAUGUAACUUUCCCAGCUCUACUGGGCAGGUAACUGAAAUGCUUAAAGAAAGGUGAGCUUAUGGUGGUAAACCACCAAGCAUUUGAUUGUGCCACAAUGCCCAAUCCCUUCCGCCAUGGGCCUUCUUGUGGAAAAACAGGAUAAUCCACAUGAGUUACCUUGCAAGAGUGAGAUACUUAGGGAAACUUUGGAAUUCCCGUCUCCACUGAUCACCUGGGUUGGCCAGAGGAUGUGAGGCCCUUAGUCUUCUUAAUCCAAACAUUAGCACCAUUGACUCCUGGACUGUGUGUAUGUGUAAAGGUGGAAUGUUGAAUGAUUAAAGAGGCUUACAGCUCCCCUACUUAUCUGACUCCUGUGAAAUUGAACCACCGAGCUAGAUGUCUCUUAGGUAACAGACACCUUGCCAGAGAUCUCUACAUGCCCCCUACUAUCAUUUCCAGUUGACAAGCAAACACCCUUAACGUUUCACCCCAAAGACUGACUAGUUGCUGCACGUGGUUGUCAGAUUAAAGAGAUUUGUGUUUUCUUCCUAUGAUUCUGACUUUCUGCACUUGCCAUCAGCCAAGAGCUCAAGGGAUGCGCGGAAAUCCCUGAAAUGGAUUGGGCCCUCCGAUAUGUUAUCUAGCGCUGUCAUCUGAAGGAGGAUCUAUAGCAAUUCCCUUCAUGCUACUCUGGUCUUUAUGAAGAGGACUUCUGUUUCAUUAGGUGGGCAAGAAUGCAUCUUAAAAAUCCAGAAAAGGAUGGGAUGGAAGCUGACCUUUCAUUUUGUAGUGCUUUGCUAUUAAAUAACCACAAUACUGCAGCCUCAUUAACCUCCUAUUUCCACUCUCACUUUCAUGCAGUAUUAUAAAGGGCAAAAUACAAGUGAAUUUACAUGUUCUUUUAUACAUAAUAUACAUGCACUAGUCAUUUACUUUGGGUUUUGUUUUUAAAGUUUCGUAAGAGUCAGACAAGGCUAAAACGUUGUUGAAAUAAUACCUACAGUAUUGAAUAGUUAAUCCUGUGGUCCACUGAUUCACACUCCCCUAGAUGAGGGCUAUGUAUCCAGGAGAAGUAUUUUAUUUCAGUAGUUCCUUUGGCUUCAGACAAUGCAAGUUGUGAAGUCACUAUUAUCAGUAGUGAAUUCUUCCAGUCUGCACACGUGGGAUAUUUUCUAAGUGGACUUGUACGCUGAUAAUUCUAGACCAAAGUAAAUAUGGCAGAAUAUUUAUACAUGAAAAGAUAAUUUUACAGAUAUUUUCUAUAAUUGUAUCAUUCGUAAAAAAAAUAAAAUAAAAAUGCUGAUAGCUUGUGUUCGUUUUGGGGGAGGGUUGUAUAUUUUGAUUAAAAAAGAAAAACCAAAAAAAAAACAAAACCCCUUGACUUUGUAAUUCUGUAUAUUCUAUACAGUUUCUAGCAGAGCAGUUUUAAGACAGCAUCUUAAUGUUUAUAGUCAAUUGUGGAAAAUUUCUUCUAAGUCCUAUGUUUAAGUAAUGAGUUGAGUACCAAUGACCAAAUUAGAACUGACAUAAAUGUAAACAAUGAACAUAUCGUAUGCUGUACAUGAUAGACCGUCACUUGCUAUGUUAUAGCAUCUGUAUUUUGUUUAGAAAAUAUUAUUAAAUGCAGAUGUAAAGGGUUGGAAAAAGUCUAAUUUUAUUUUUAGAAAGAAUGAAUAUAAAUUGGGUUUUGCUUGAUUAAAAGCUGGCUUAUUCUGAUUUCUAUUCUCUUUUCAAAUAUCUCAAAUGGUAUUUCUUUUGCAUCAACAGGCACUGUACUUUUACAGACUGAUGUUGAACAUUUGACUUGCCUGCUGUAUUUCUGUUUCCUCAUUUGUUCAUGCACAGUAAAAUGGUAACAUGGCAGUGACCUUCUAGUUUAGGACUAAGAAAGAACAUUUAUAGAAGGUGGCAACAUGAAAGACAAAAUACUCUGGUAUUUUGGUUAAUCUUGAAGUGUGGUCCAUUGCACAGAGGUGUUUGAUACAUGUUGGAAUGAAUGAAUAAAUGAAGAUGCUAAUACAU